AUGACGGAAGUCUGGAGGAGCCUGCGAGGGGCAGAGCAAGCCGGGGAUGCUGCAGCUCGAGUAUUCGGCCCUUCAGGCUCGUCGCUUGUGGGCAAGCAGGGUCUGUCGAGCUGGCGGGAGAUGCUGGAGGAAGCAGACUGGCUGGAAAGUGAGUGCUGUAGGCGAACUCUCUUGCAGACUUACAGGGAGAUGGAGAGACGAGGAGGAGGCAUGACUACUUUGCUGGUUAUGCUUGGGGGGUGCGUGCAGGGAGUACAGGAGCUCUUGAAGGGAUCAAGGGGAAGGAGGGAGCUCUUGCAGAUAACAAGAGCAGUAUCAGAGCAUGGAGAGCGAUUUCUUGAAGAGGUCUUGAUCCCCCGUCUGGGUCAAAGCGAAGUUGCGAAUGAGGGUUGGGGCUGGGAGACGCUGGCAAAUGCAUUGCUGCAAACCAGCAUGAGCAGGCUAAGAUGCAGAUCCAAGUGCGCUGAGAUCAUCUGUGAAUGGCUGCAAGCGUCGCUGCCUAGCGAGGAGCCCACGGUCAAGGCCUUGCCUCGUAGUCUGCCCAUCAUCACUGAGGCAGGAGCAGCGAUACAGGAGUCUUACAUCGUUCACGGCUUCGUCAUGCACGGGAUGAUCGUUCACUGUGAGAUUCCCUACUUGGAAGAUGCCAAAUUCGUGGUCUUGGACUGCUCGCUCGAGUUGCAAGAGAUGAGGGACCCUGUGGGCUGCAAGCAGGAGAUUGCGAGGGAAGGGAGGGAGGAGUCGUUGAGGAUGAUCGAGCUGCUCGUGGAGGAUCAGAUCAGAAGUCUCGCACGGAAUGGGGUUCAAGUCGGUGAGCUGGUGCGCUCCCUCCUAGUCCGAUGGAACAUUCAGGAUGCGUAUCAGUCGAUCGCAUCUGUUGACCGGAAGCAAGCCAUGGCUCUAUGUGAGGCCUGCAGCAUCUCUCCAAUCGCCUCUCCAUUUCCUCCUGACGCUCCUCUAGAGCGCAGCAUCGGUUUAUGCGAGCACUGCACUCUAGGAUACGUCGGCGUCUCCUCCAUGAUCCAUGUCGAUAUCGACACGGUGCAGGACAGCUUCGAAGCGCACACCAUAGUCCUGCGUGAGGUCGUGCCAGAGGACUCGAAGCUCGUGAUCGCGGGCAUGCAGCAAGCCUACUCCAAGCUCUUCCGUUGGUUCGAGUCCCUUCAGCCUCCAGCCCCUGGUGACUCCUCCAGCAAGACCGGCCUCGUGCCGGGAGCAGGAGCAGCAGAGCUCGCUAUCUGGGGUGAGCUCGAGCGUGAGCAGGCAUCUGACAAGGUCGAUGUCAUACUCUCCUGCAUCUUCCGGCGCGCGACUGCAGCCGUCCCGUUGGCCCUCCUCAACAACGCCGCGAGAAGUGGUUCUAACGGCUUCCGAGACCUCCGACUGCUGCCUUGGGUGCCGUCCUCACCACCCAACCUUCCUCGAGGGAUCCUAGUCACCGGCCCCUCCUACGUCAACCUCAGGCCCGUGUCCUCCUCUCCCCUCGCCAAGGGCUCGCAGGCGUGCAAGGGCUGGACACUCGCGGACCCCGUGGCCGUCGGGAUCGUCGAGCCGUUGGGGAUCAAGGAGAGCUUGCUCCGUAUGCUGCUAAAUGUUCUUGUGCGGCUACUGCGCGUAGAAGAAGUGGUGCACGUUCAGAGGCCCAUCCAGCCAAGACAGUCUUCCAGCCGCGCCAAAGCUGGUGACAACACUACUAGUGCUUCUGAUGAUGACAGUGAAGUGGACCGGGAGUAG